CUUCUGUUAGCUGCCAAACCACUGCAGGGAACGACUUGCACUCGGCCCAUUUGCCCUGCCACGACGUCGCGUCUACCCAGCAGCGUUUUGGAUCCCACCGCAGCACCACCAUGUAUCGAGCUGAACGGACGAGCAGUAAGCUCUGUCGAGACAGGGAGUUGGAAGCAGCCAAGGUGAUCCACCACAAGAAGCUGGGUGAGACGCGGUCGGCCAUCGACACGACCAAGCCGAAAACGUCUUCGAUGCAUCACAUGAUGUGCAACAAGCGCAAGAACCGACUCGUGGAAGAGCGCAUGGAGGAGAUUGAAAAGCACAACAAUCUGCUUGUGAAUCGCAUGGCCGAUGUGCUCAACUGCUCAACGUGGGAGUUCCAUCCUUCGACAUCCGUUGAAGAUGUCUCGUAUACAGUGUACCACAGUCCUCGGCACAGUCCCCGGAAGCCAAGCGCGCCGUCGCCAGCGAAAAAGUCGUUGAACGACACGUUUCGAACGAAAAAGCUCAAGCAGAUUCAGGCUGAAAACGAAGUACAUGAGUUCCUCAUGUGUACAGGAUAUUUCGUUGAUCAUGGCCUCGUAGUCGCACAACCUUCGAGUGCGCACGACGUCCACCCAUUACAAGACGACCAAGCUCCAGCGCGAGUGGAAGCAAAGCGUCAAGUACCUCAAGUCUAUCUGCGCGUACCCGCUGAUGCCCCCGUCCAAAGGCCAGCCCGAGAACGACCGCUUCGACUACCCCCCAUUGCGCCCCCUCCUCCUUCGUUCUGGCGACGGCGACGUCGUAGACCAAGACGACCUCCUCGAGUUUUACAGCAUGAGUCUGCCCACUAUCAUCACCCCCAUCCUCGAAAACAAGCUGCCCGCCGCAUCCUCUCUUAUGGCAUCACAUUAUUCGCGCGGCCGGCAAUCCAAGCACCAGCGGCCGAGUUUCCAGCCCCAACGGGUGGGCAAACGGCCGGGGUUACCCUCUUUGGAUCCACUGAGCCCCCGGUUCAAGUGGGGGCCCAAUGGGUCCCCCUACAGCCCCCACAACGCCCCCCCCACCCUCUCCCUCGACCCAUCGUACAACUUCAAGCAAUGCCGGGUCAUUGAAGGCGUGUACUUUGUGCUGACGGUCAAAUCCGGACGGUCGCCGUACGGGAUGACCGUCGUGGGGUACGACGGGGAAACGUGUCGGUCGUACGAACUCGUCGUGUCGAAGGAACAUGUGUUGAAACUCUUGCGCGACUGCAUCUCGAUCCGCGAAGAAUUUUCCGUCGAAAUGAUCUCGAGAUUACUCUGCGACAAGCUCCAGUUUGUGCCCCACGUGCUGUAUAUCCCCCUGGACGACGCGUCACCCUCUUCGUCUUGUUCUUCGAUGCAGCAAUCGUCCAUCUUUUGCAUGUUCCACGAAGUCCCCAUCGUGCCGUCGCUGCCGCCGUUUCUCGUGUCCAUGGCCUCCACCGAGGACGGCGGCGUCCUCUUCUGCGCCGAGCACCCCAUCACCCGCCGCGCGUACGUGUUGACCAAGUCCGGCCUGGACAUCGUCGCAUACCUCCACACCAAAGCCACCACGCCGGCUUUCUCGACGCUCGAAGCGGCCGCCGUCGCGGUAUUGUCGUACUUAGUGCUGCAGAAUGGCCUGCUGACAUGGCAACUGCCGCCGCCCAAGCGCGUGUGCGUGUUUAAAUCGGCGCGGCAACUCGGCCACGACUAUUACUUGCUGCAUGUGUGCCAUGAGCAACCACCUGGCGAAAGUGGUGGCCAUCAAGUGGUCAUAGCGUACAAUGCAGAUGAAUGCGCGUCGUUGGAAUUGGUGCUGCCAUCUCAUGUGGACCAGGGCAAUUGGGAAUCGGUACUGGACUCGAUUGUAUUGGACGUUAAACCUGUCAAGUGCUUGCGCUACGCUCCUCCUCCAAGUGUCGCCGUUCCAGUCCACAAGAAAGAAGAGCUUCUUGUACCUCCACUUCGUACCACCACGGAUAGUGUUGUUGCUACGAACAAGGACAACAACAAAGCCGCGGCCACGAUUCAAGCCACCAUGCGCGCCGCCUUGUGUCGAAGACUGUACCUUGAAAAACUAAACGCGGCCCAUGUGAUCAAGACGUCGUGCCUUCGUCGACUGUAUCAGAAGAAACGGACAAAAAAGCGUCAGCAUCAAAUCGUGCUGUGUUCGCCGCUUCGGAACCCCCCCAAGGGGGGGAAGGCGAUCGAAGAGGCGGCGGCGGCAGUGACCAUCCAGAAAGUAGUCCGGGGGUCGAUUUGUCGGCACGCACAAGCGUUGAGGAAGAAACGCCCCGCCACCCCCAUGGAGGUCCGACAAAGUUGUGAUAAUGCCAACGUGGACAAAAGCGUGAGUGUCCUUCAAGCUCGUUUUCGAGGAGCGCAAACAAGGCAGAAGGUGGUGAAACUGCAGCAAGAACAGGAAAAUGCUGCCAAGGUUCUGCAGGCGCGGAUGAGAGGGACGCUGGCUCGUAACCAUAUAGAGAGGCAUCAUCGAUAACCCCAAGGCGUUGAAAUCACAAGUACCUCGUUAUUACUUGGUACUCAUUGUCGUGAAUGAAGGACGUUUUCAAAACAUAUAGCGCUAAACACCGUAGUUACUACUACUUAUUGCAACAAUGAUAAAUACGUCGCUCAAUAUUUGACGUUUUCCACCAGUAUACGCUGUGAAACCGAAAAUGUAACCGGAAAUGCCCAACUUGAUUGAAGGAGAGAAUCGUAUUGCCUUUAGCAGUAGUCAUCGACAGGGUGGGGUUGGUCGGCAAUGUAGUCGGUCUUGAGCAAUUCGUACAGCCGGUCGUGCGGACGGGCGAUGAUGGCUCGGCCGUCCUUGACGAAGAUUGGUCGCGCAAUCAAGAGGGGAUCUGCGGACAUGGCUUUGAUCAGUGCUUCUCGAUCGUCGACGGGAUCCAAUGCGUCCAACUUCAACGCACGGAACUCUUCCGAUGUCGUGCGCAUCAUGAGCAAUGGGCUUGGCGAUGGGUCGUCUGGGAACAGCAGUGCCAGGAGAGACUUGAUCGUGGCCACAUCGAGCUUGGUCUUGACAUAUUCGACGAUCGUGACGUCGACUUUGUCGUGUGGUGCGGCAUCGGCGUUGAAGGCAGUGAGGAGGUCGUGGGCUUUGCGGCAUGUGCCGCAGGCAAAGUUGAGAUAGAUGGUAGCAGUGGGGGUCGGCAUUUUGGACU